AUGCAAUCAAUUACUACAGCAAGCAGCGAUGUCUCUCGUCGUCCUCACACAAAUCCCAUCAUCGAAGCAUCCAAGGCUCGCGCACUCGAUGAGCAAGAUACAAGUGGCCUCCUUCUUACCGCUCAACGGUUCUGUCGGAUCUACAAUCCCGAAAUCGAGCCAGAGCAUGAAACGACCAUGCUCUGCGACUGCGCAGUGCACAAAUACUGGGAGCGCAAGUUAGAUCGACUCGAUAUCCAGGAUACGUGGUCAAGAGCUGUCAUGUACCCCGGUGAGAAGCCAUACCACGACUGCACUCGCCUACGAUUCAAGAACCACAAUCCAUAUUCCUUUAAGAUCACAUCGCCCUUCAGCCUUGUGAAUUUCUUGACGGGAAUGGCGAAACCCGACCCAAUUUACCAUCUAGAAUUUAUCGAGCAAACUCAAGCUAUGGAUUCAACCCUGAAUGCAGCCGCUGAAGAAGCCACCCAAGCGCUGGAGCCAGCAUUCAAUAUCUGGGACCUCGAGCAGCUGGAGUCCCUAGUAUCCAAUAUGUCCAUUCAUCGUCGAACAUCCCUUGGAACUGAUGGCGACAUCGAUAAAUCAACCAAACGUUCAGGGUUCAGAAAGGCAUUUUCUAUGAAGUCGUCCGAUGAGCGCACCGCGAUCAAAAUGAAAAAGAAGUUCGCCGGGCCAUCAGAGCUACGCGAUGAGAUUCUUGCAGAAGAGCAAGGACGAUGGCAAGAUGACAAUGACAAAUAUAUUGUGACCGCUUACCAAGAGAACAUCGGCAUCGUCCAAGAGGUCGCUGACUUGCGAAGGAAACGACCUGUGCAAUACCUCCACCUUCUACGAGCGGGAUAUUUCGAACCGAUCAUAACAUCCUGGGAAGGUCAGGUUCCAAGUUUACUCAGCUUCAGCAUCGAUGCUGCCGCCGGAUGGAGAGGGUUCACACCUACAUGGAGGGGCUAUAAAACCGUUGCCGAGGAACGGCUUUAUUGGGUCCUCAGUCAUAGACAAGGGCAAAAGGCAUAUACAAAACCAUCUUUGACCACCGAACUCGAUCAGGCUCGGGCACGGAUGACUACCGCUGUUCAGCCUGGGCAAAUAUACGAGCGGCCCGACGAAGUGAAUUUGGCCCAGAGCGGAUCACAACGCUAUUCAAGCCAAGUUCCAAUGCCCAUCAACGCAAGGGGAGCACCUAUAUCAUCGCGGGACGAGACUAUGGUUCUCAUAGACACCUCUAGCUCGAUGGACACUAUUCCACUGUGCCCGGAGUACACCCAGUCUCUGAUCACAUCACACACAAAGGUCAACCAACCGAGGGGCAAAGAAUUUGCCAAGUCUAUAGUACGCGACUUUGUCAACACAAUGGUGAAUCAUGACGGCAGUGCACGAGGUUAUCCACUGGUCACAUUUUCACAAUCAGCGGAAUACAAUGGCACUGUCCACGGUUGGGAUGUAAAUGAGAUCUGGAGAGAAUUGAGGUUCACAGGGCGUCCACGACUCAUGGCGGGAUGGCAGAAGCUCAAAGAGCUGCAUUUCCGGAAACAUUAUGCAACAGCGACAUAUCACCCGAAUUAUGGAUGGCGAGCCGGCCCACACACACCUAUACUAAGGGCUUUGUUGGUCUUGGGUAGCGAGCCAAGCGACAUCGAUGAAUUUGAACUCGAGCUUCUCAGUCUACCCUGGGCCUAUGCAACCAUUUUCCUGAUUGGCGUGGAAGGAUCUCUCGACCAUCAUCGCCAUGCAAACAGGCUCAGCCGAAUGAGCGAGGUCAAUAACCGGGUGUCAUUUGUCGCAGCGCAAGGCAAUAUCCCAGAACGCUUGGUGACCCAUGAACUCCUCAAGCGGCAUCUCUGCUCUGAUCUUCCCAUGUCUCGUUUCCGGGAGCUCGAACGGCCGUUCGCUGUGGAAUUACCUUCACCAUCGCCAGGUCGACACGGGAGAACGUUCUCCAAUUCGACAGACCUGGAUGAUCUUCCGGUGGAAUUGCCCUCGCCUGAAGAGACAUCAAUCUGGCAGUCUGAACAGCAAUAUUUGUCCAUACGAGGCGUAGCAGAACUCUCAGGAGAGCGAGAGUUUGCCGAACUACCCGCUCCAGGACAAUGCGAACCAGAGCAGUAUUUAGAUCGUACGCUAACAGAUCAUCUUUUACAGCGAGGGCCCCCACCCCCGUAUUUAGAGAGCGUUUAA